AUGACACUGUAUGAGACCCUCCUUUACGUAAAUGAGGAUUAUCAACAGCUCCUCACAUCUGCAGAAAUCAAAGAAGAUUCCUUUGAAUCAAAGGCUGAGGGGUUCACUGACAUUAAACGUCGUGCUGAGGAGAAGUUGAUGAGACCAACACAACGAAGUGAAAUGACAAUCUCGCAAAAAAGUGUAAAAAGCAACGCCUCGAGCAAGAUUUCUAUCGAAAGAAUUAAGGAGAGCCAAAGGAAGGCAGAACUUUUGGCGAGAAAAGCUGCCUUUCAGGAAAGACAAAAGAUAGAAGAAGAAAAGCUAAAAACGAAAAUGAAAGAAGAGGCGUUAGAGUUAGACACUGAAAUCAAAGUGAGUGAGGCGAAGGAAAAAGUGUUGGACGAGCUCGAAAGCGUGUUACAGGACGAUAGACUGUUUUCUAAUAUGGAGAGCCCAAAGACAGGGGGAGCCGACCAACACCAUGGAACUGUUGGCCCCAAUGCACAACAGACGUCAGUGUGGCAACCAUACGUGCCACAUUCCGAUUGGACUCCUCAACCGAGAACGACAUCGAAAAGUGCAGUUUCCGAGCCCCAUAUCACGUUCCAGGAACAGACAACGACACAUGCCCAACCAUCUCAACCGGUAUCUAGACUUGCGACGACAGGAGCAAACAUGUAUAGUGACUUAAAAACUGUUGACAAUGCUGGACACACCAUUGCUCAGUACUUGAGCCGAAAGGAUGUUCUGAAGGGCAGACUCUACUCUUUUAGUGGCAAAUGCGAACACUACUUGUCAUGGAAGGACACAUUCACAUGUGUUAUGCUUGAGGUUGGUGCCAGUCCAGCGGAAGAACUUGACAUGUUGUUGCGCUGGGCAGGUACAGGCUCAAGGCAGAUUAGCAGCAUAAAGUCUGCCAACUCGGACAAUCCCCAACUUGGAUUGUUCCGUGCAUGGGAUAGAUUAGACACACAGUAUGGCUCACCUGAAAGAGUAGAAUUGGCCCUCAGAACCAAACUAAACAAUGUACCAAGGAUCACAUUUAAGGACAAAAUGAAACUUUUUGACUUAUCUGAUGUGUUGGCCGAAAUUUCUGCUAUAAAAAGCAAACCGAAAUACUCAGCUCUUCUUAGCUACUUGGACACUGCGGCCGGUGUUAAUCCCACUAUUAACAAACUGCCAGUACCAUUCCAGAACAAAUGGCGUGACAAGGCACUGUUUUACAAAAGAUCACAUAAUGUCUUAUUCCCACCUUUCACUUAUUUUUGUCAAUUUGUCAAUGAUAUGGCUGUUGCAUACAAUGACCCUAGCUUUGAUUUCGAUGUUUCACAGGUUUCGCAGGGUACAAGCGACACAAGACAACGCCAACAACGCCCGACUUCAGUGACGGUCAACAAGACAUUACAGAACGCGGAAAACGACCUGAUCACCUGCCCUCUGCACAGAGACCGACACAAGCUCACCGAAUGUAGAACUUUCAAGCACAAGAGCCUGGAAGAACGACGACAGCUCCUGAAACAGAACGGUAUUUGUUUUAGGUGCUGUGCAGGCCGACACCUCUGCAGGGACUGUGUUGAAGCUGUCCGGUGCAUUGAGUGUAGUUCAACAAACCACUCGACCCCGAUGCACGUAUUCAGAGCAGCUAGAGAUCACGGCGGGGAGAGAGGCCCCAAGCAUGCGGAAGAGGGUUCAAGGCCUGACAUGAAGGUUGAUUCGAAGUGUACCGAGGUUUGCGGAAAUAAACCAGGAAAAUCAUGUGCCAAAAUUGUUUUAGUAGACAUCAUGCACAACGACAGCAAAAGGCCGCCUUUACGAACAUAUGCCAUCAUAGAUGAUCAAAGCAAUCACUCACUUGCGAAAGCGGAAUUGUUCAACCAAUUUGAUGUGAAAAGUCCGGCGUCCCCAUAUUCCCUGAAAAGCUGUGGCGGCCGAGUGACCUUGACAGGCAGGCAAGCAAAUGGUUUUGAGGUACGAUCGAUAAAUGGUUCCGAGCGGCUUGAACUCCCUAUUCUCACCGAAUGCGACCUAAUCCCGGACAACAGAAGAGAAAUUCCAACACCUGAAGUUGCUGCCAACCACACCCAUCUGAGAUGUAUCGCCGAAUCCAUCCCACCACUGGACAAUGAGGCUGAAAUUCUACUGCUCAUAGGAAGAGAUCUUAUGCCAGCCCACUACAUCUUAGACCAAAGGCUGGGCUGUGAAAAUCAGCCCUUUGCGCAGAAGCUGAGAUUAGGAUGGGUGAUCAUAGGGGAAUGUUGCUUGGAUGGCAACCAUGUGCCACAGGACCUGAACAGCAUGAAGACCUUCAUAAACAGAAAUGGCCGCCCAUCUCUCAUGGAGCCUUGCGAAAACGCAUUCAAUAAGAAGGCAUUAUUUGCAACCUCCAGAGACGACAAUAGGAUUGGCCCAUCACAAGAAGACAAAAAGUUUUGUAGCUUGAUGUCCACAAACAUGAAGAGAAAUGAAGAAGGGAAUUGGGUGGCACCAUUACCAUUCAAAGAGCCAAGAAACAUCUUGCCAAACAACAGACCAAAUGCGGUCAGAAGAACUGCCAGCUUCGUUUCGUCUCUUCAAAAGGAUCAUGUUAAGAAAGAACACACCCUGGACUUCAUGGAGGACCUCUUUGAAAAGGGACAUGCAGAGAAGGCACCACCACUUGAUCCGAAAGAAGAAGCGUGGUAUCUACCACUGUUUGGCGUAUACCACCCAAAGAAGAAAGAUCGUAUCAGGAUAGUUUUUGACUCUUCAGCCAAAUACAACGGAUUAUCUCUGAAUGAUGUUCUGAUGACCGGUCCAAACCUGACCAACAACCUUCUUGGCGUCCUUAUGAGAUUUCGUAAGGGCGCUGUUGCUGUCAUGGCAGACAUACAGCAGAUGUUUUACAGUUUCCUUGUAAGACAAGACCACAGGAGAUACCUGAGAUUCGUAUGGCCAGAGGACAACGACCUCAGCAACAACUUAUUGGAUUACCAAAUGAAUGUCCACGUGUUUGGAAAUAGACCAUCGCCUGCUGUGGCAACUUAUGGUCUUCACAAGGCAGCAGAGAUGGCAGCGUCUACUGUAGGUAAAGAUGUCGAAAAACUUGUGAAACGGGACUUUUAUGUAGAUGACGCCCUUACCUCCCACGAAUCUAGUGAGGAAGCCAUUGAUCUUUUGAAGAGAACCCAGUAUGCACUACAAGAAUUCGGAAACAUCCGGCUUCACAAGCUAUGCUCUAACUCUCGUCAAGUUUUGGCGGCGUUCGACAAGGACGACCUUGCAAAGGAUCUGAAAGAUCUAGAUCUGGAAAACGAGUUUCCACUGCAGAGAAGUCUUGGGGUAUGUUGGAAUGUCCAGCAAGAUACAUUUACCUUCCGCGUCACCCUAGAUGACAACGCCUUCACCAGAAGGGGUGUUCUAUCCACAAUCAACGGCCUCUAUGACCCCAUAGGUCUAGCUGCAGCAUUUACAAUCACAGGGAAACUUCUACUGCGAGAAAGUCUCACCGAAACCCUGGGCUGGGAUGAGCCCUUACCUCAUCGGCUGUUGGAAAGAUGGUCUCAUUGGAAGCAAUCACUAGAUGCGUUGAAGAAAGUGCAGAUCCCAAGAAUGUACUGCCCCAAGUCAAACGACGACAUACAACAGAGAGACCUGUAUGUGUAUUCAGAUGCGUCGGAGAAGGCAGUAGCAGCAGUGGCCUACUUGCUGUCAGUGGACAAGAACGGCGACAAGCAUCUAGGAUUUGUCCUCGGAAAGGCAAAGGUUGCACCUAAGCAUGGUCAAACGAUUCCACGACUGGAGCUAUCUUACGAUGCAACACGGGGAGUGACUUCCGAAGAUUUACCGGAGAGCAAAUGGCUGAAGGGAACUCGCCAUGCACUGAAGGACAGCGACACUAGCAGGGACAUCUCUAAGUUCCCACUUGUGCUACCAGAAGAAUACAAAGAAGUGAGAACUCUCAAAACAGAUUUCAAUAAGAGGUGUUCUCUUGGUUGUGAAAGGUUUAAGAGGUUUUCAUCAUGGACCGCGGUGGUCAGGGCCAUUAGCCUGAUUCAGAAUCGACUCAGAACACUUUCAGCAGAACAGACUCUCCGUGAUUCUGUUUAUAUUCGGGAACUUGCACAACUCGCGGUCAUACAGGCUUUACAACACGAAAUCUUUGCAGAGGAAAUCAGGGCUUUGACAAACAACCGCCAGCUUGCAAAGAACAGUCAAAUACGCAAUCUCUCACCAUACCUGGACAAGGAUGGCAUCCUUCGAGUCGGGGGACGUCUGAAUAAUUCGCAGCUGAACUCCACAGUUAAAACCCCCAUCAUAAUCCCUCGACAUCAUCUCAGUAUGCUGCUUGUUCGUCACUUUCACGAGAAAACGUGUCAUCAAGGCCGGCAAUUAACAGAAGGUGCUGUUCGCAAUGGAGGUUUUUGGAUUUUGGGCAGCAAGCGACAAGUAGCUUCGUGCAUACACAACUGUCUGCAGUGCAGACGCUCUCGGACUAAGCUUGAAACUCCAAGAAUGGCUGACCUUCCGUCUGAUAGGCUGAACCCAACACCACCAUUUACCAACGUUGGCAUUGACGUCUUUGGACCAUGGCAGAUCACGACCAGAAGAACUAGAGGAGGGCAGGCAAAUUCAAAACGCUGGGCCCUCAUGUUCACCUGCUUGGUUGUACGAGCUGUACACAUUGAGCUGCUGGAGGAGAUGACCUCAUCAUGCUUCAUCAAUGCUUUGAGACGAUUUUGUGCCCUGCGAGGCGAGGUGAAGAUGAUCCGGUCAGAUUGUGGCACAAACUUUGUUGGUUCAACCGCAGACUUGGAAGCAAACGUGAUAAACGUGGAAAACAAACCACUGAAGGACUAUCUAGUUGAUUCCGGAAUCAACUGGGUUUUUAACCCUCCGCAUUCUUCUCACUUUGGCGGCGUCUGGGAGAGGAUGAUUGGGGUUGCAAGGAAAAUCUUGGAUGCCAUGCUCUUGAAUGUGAAACAACUUACCCACGAGGUCCUUCAAACUUUUAUGGCUGAAGUGAGUUCCAUCAUGAACGCCAGACCACUUACCCCAGUGUCGACGGAUCCAGAGGUUCCCUUUCCGCUUACGCCAGCGACCUUACUCACCAUGAAAACAAAUCAUGUUGUAGAAUCAUUCAAACUGGAAGACUUCAAUGGCAAGGAUCUUUACAAGACGGAAUGGAGACGUGUUCAGCAUCUUGCGGACAUCUUCUGGUCCCGUUGGAAAAACGAAUAUUUGCCAACACUUCAAACCAGACGUAAGUGGCAAGACGAUGGAAAGAAUGUGACAAAUGGAGAUGUCGUUCUUCUUCGAGACAACUCCGUUCACAGAAAUGAAUGGCCAAUUGGUGUAAUCGUCAGCACCAAUUUUAGCGAGGACGGCAGAGUGCGCUCUGUUGAUGUAAGGCUUGGGAAAGACAGGAAAGUCUACACUCGGCCUGUCUCAGAGUUAGUCUUACUUUUGUCAAAGUAA